AUGGAUGUGUUACCACUUCGCACGCGAUCACUGCAUUGGUUGAAGAGGCUGACCGCUGUGAUUGAUGGAAUACGCGUCACACUUGCAUUGACGCUGAAGCCUGCUACUUUCGAUGACUGCAACAAGCAAAGUUGGCAACAUGAGAGUAAUACGCCCGAGUCCCAGACAGAGAUUUUCCAAGUUCCUGUUUCAACGCAACACGCCUCCACUGAAGAAGCCAACGCUAUUUACGCCGACGAUGCUUUGAUACCACGGCGUGACACAGACCUCCAUAGAGAGCAGCCUGAUACGGAACUUCGCAGGACUCGUAUCAACAAAGGUAGAGAAAACGAGUAUAUAGAGCCAGACGAGGCCGAGGUCGAGGUCGAUGAGAAUGGGGUAGUAGCAGAAUACCCAAGCCACGACAACGACGAUGACGAUGACGAUGACGAUGACGAUGACGAUGAAAUAUCGAAAAGACUGUAUACUAACAGAGCGCUCCACCCGGAAGUCGUAGCGUACCUUGACCGAUGGAACAACCGAGUUCCGCUUCCCGUCCCAAUUUGGCGACACGAAAGUUACCUAACCAGCUACAGAGCCAGGCCGUCACAGAUCGUAAAGAGCCUUUGUUUGGCGGCAAGAAACGUCAAGGACCCCGAUUCGCUCCGCGCUGUCUCCCCCAACAGGCCUAUGACGUUCAACUGGUGGGCAUUCCUCGGUAGAGUGUCCCCAGACAAGGCUGUUGAUAUACUGCUUGCACACACCCCCGUCGCAGUCCAAAUCAUCCUCGGAAACCCACAGCUGGAGGCAAAGCACCUCCUAUCCUUGCCCUUCAACUGGAGGAAUUUGCUCCUACAGGGGGUGUAUACGGACCUGGUGGAGUACGAUGGAGAAUUCUGGACCUAUGGUGGUUCGGCCCGUGGCCAAAGGGGAAUCCACGGCAGGGUGAUCAAGUUGAUUGACACCCCUGGUGCUUGA